AUGACCUCCGUUGAGAAGCGCCGCUCUGGCCGAAAGAGUGGCGGGCAUCGAAGGCACAGCGAUGGAGGCUACAGCGACACCUCCAGCGGUGGGUCCUUCUUGGAUGAGAAUGACCGUGAGGUCUGCAGUCUGACAGACAGGGCAUUCAGGAGUCUCUGUAUCGGCGAUGAAGCUGUUUAUAAUGACUCAGACCUAAGUCUGUCUUCACCCUGCACUCAGAGAGACAGACAGCUGGCCUUUAGCCAGAGCGGACAGGACAGAGAGGAUGGAGAGGACAGAGAAAGGGAAGAACUUAAGAGAGCUGCACGUGAGAACUUCAGCCUCAAGGUGCAGCAGUAUGGACAGGACUGGAGCCAUGGAAGAAUGUAUGGAGGUGAGAUUCACAGAGAUCCACAAUGGGAGGUUCAUGGAGAAAGGACACAGGGGAGGAUUUCUGCCACAUUCCAGCACUCCGUUGUGGAAACCUCUCAAAAGGAAACAUCUUUAAAGGAGGAACGGCUCAACUUUCUCAGCAAUGGAGCCACAGAGUUGAGUUCACAGCAACGCAAAAGCAACUCCAGAGUUUCCUCUCUCAUCAGAGCAUUUAAUUCUGAGCGAAACAGGGAUGGAGUAGGAAUGGAUGACAAAAUCAGAGAGUGGAAAGAUGAGACGAGCUGGGACAAAUCAGCUCUAAUGAGUAUCCAGAGGGAACUUUCUGAAUUCUCUACAUCAUACCAGCAAAAUUUUCACAGCAGUCAUUUCCCCUCUUCUGGUUCAUUCUCAUAUGGAGACAACAACCUCCACUCCUUUGGAUCUGAUGUAGCAGCAGUGUCUCACAGUUCUGCAUCUUCUUUUAUGAGAUCUUCACACAAUAAACAGAGCAUGUGCACACAGGUCAACUGCAACUCUAAUGUCUUUAUACACAGCGAGUUUAGUCCCUUCAAGGUGUGGAGGGACCAUAACAGGUUUCCCUUCCAGCAAGGACAAAUCUCAGGCUUUAUGCACCGUUCCGAGUUCGCUAAAUGGUAUGAGACACCUAUGUACAAGGAGCCUUCACAGAUGGGUCAACCACAGGGUCAUUAUACAGGUAUCAGACGGCCAAGGAGUAACUUGGCACCCAUGAUUUCACCAUCUCUUCCACGUUCCACCUCGACAUCUACAGUGCUACAGAACGCUUCAGCUGUGGAGAAACGCUGUGAGUCAGAGUUGGCAGGUAAUUACCCGUACAGAAAAAGAAGCCAGAGUGUGGGAACCAACAGGCUUCCGUCCCAUCGCCCAUCGACUGCAUCACCCACCAUUGAGAUGUCUCGACGUGUGAGGGACACCAUCAGCUCUGUCAAAGCCCUCCAGCAGAAAAUCAAAAUGAUGGCAGAGCAAAAUAUUACUACGGAAGUGACAGAAAACCAACAAACAGUACUUUACAGAAAAGAAAAUGUAAGUCUUGGCAAUAAUGCAGUAACAGUGGCACCUAACGCUAUUGGCAGUAACACAAGCACCACGCCAUUUAACAUCAGCCAGCUGCUGACACCUCUGGUCCAUGCACAUCAAGAAGCUGUUUCUUCUGAUCUCCAACAUUAUGCAACUUCUCCUCAACCUGUAGAGCAUUCUCCAGUACGAGCUGAAAGCAGGGGUGUGACUCCCGACAUUAGGAUGUCCACCUACAAAUCCAGAGCCACGAGUCUGCUCUUCAAUCUCAAAGACAACAGAAAACGAGUAAAAAGCACCUACAGUCCUACCAAAUUUAAAGCAGCGGAGGCGUCUGAGAACAACAAACAGCCACCAACGCACGAGUCUAGAGAUACUGUGAUAGAUAUCCCUGAAUUUCCAGAUUCAGAAAUUCAAUUUUCACAGCUACAAGAAUCCAGCAGGACAAAUGCUGCUAUGAACCAGUAUCGCAUCCCAGAACUGUCACUUACAAUGUCAAAUUCUCAACCUGUAAUGGCAACUACAGGCCAAUAUGCAGAAUACUCUUUAAGCGAUUACCAGAGAGCUCAGAUGCAAGCCCAGAUGGUUCAUCACUCUGGGUUUACUGGAUUUUUACCUGAAAACUACACCGGCAAUAAGCUGGCUAAUGGACAGAAUCUCCAUGAAGAUUUAGCAUCAUUUGCUCCCUAUAGGCAGGAUACUAUGGCUGAUAGGAGCAACAGAGAGCUGCACAAGAAGAGCAACAGAGGAAAGCUGCACAAGAAGAGCAGCAAAAAAGAGCUGCACAAGAAGAGCAGCAAAGAAAGAGCUGCACAAGAAGAGCAACAAAGAAGAGCUGUGUAUGAAGAGCAGCAAAAAAGAGCUGCACAAGAAGAGCAGCAAAAAAGAGCUGCACAAGAAGAGCAGCAAAAAAGAGCUGCACAAGAAGAGCAGCAAAAAAGAGCUGCACAAGAAGAGCAACAAAGAAGAGCUGUGUAUGAAGAGCAACAAAAAAGAGCUGUGCAAGAAGAGCAACUAAGAAGAGCACAAGAAGAAAAACAGAGAGCUGCAGAAGAACUGAAAAGAAGAGCUGCACAAGAAGCGCAUCAAAGGAGAGCUGUACAAGAAGAGCAACAAAGGAGAGCUGCACAAGAAGAGCAACAAAGGAGAGCUGCACAAGAAGAGCAACAGAGAAGAGCUGUGUAUGAAGAGCAUCAAACAAUAGCACAAGAAGAAAAACAGAGGGUUGAAGAAGAACUGAAGAGAAGAGCUGCACAAGAAGAGCAACAAAGGAGAGCUGUGCAUGAAGAGCAACUAAGAAUAGCACAAGAAGAAAAACAGUGGGUUGCUGAAGACCUUACAAGAAGAGCUGCACAAGAAGAGCAACAAAGGAGAGCUGCACAAGAAAAGCAACAGAAAAGAGCUGCAGAAGAAGAGCAACAAAGGAGAGCUGCACAAGACGAGCAACAGAAAAGAGCUGCACAAGAAGAGCAACAAAGGAGAGCUGCACAAGAAGAGCAACAAAGGAGAGCUGCACAAGAAGAGCAACAAAGGAGAGCUGCACAAGACGAGCAACAGAGAAGAGCUGUACAAGAAGAGCAACAAAGGAGAGCUGCACAAGAAGAGCAGCAGAGAAGAGCUGCACAAGAAGAGCAACAAAGGAGAGCUGCACAAGAAGAGCAACAGAGAAGAGCUGUGCAUGAAGAGCAACUAAGAAUAGCACAAGAAGAAAAACAGUGGGUUGCUGAAGACCUUACAAGAAGAGCUGCACAAGAAGAGCAACAAAUGAAAGCUGCACAAGAAAAGCAACAGAAAAGAGCUGCACAAGAAGAGCAACAAAGGAGAGCUGCACAAGACGAGCAACAAAAAAGAGCUGCACAAGAAGAGCAACAAAGGAGAGCUGCACAAGACGAGCAACAGAAAAGAGCUGUACAAGAAGAGCAACAAAGAAGAGCUGCACAAGAAGAGCAACAAAGGAGAGCUGCACAAGAAGAGCAACAAAGGAGAGCUGCACAAGAAGAGCAACAAAGGAGAGCUGUACAAGAAGAGCAACAGAGAAGAGCUGUACAAGAAGAGCAACAAAGGAGAGCUGCACAAGACGAGCAACAAAGAAGAGCUGUGCAUGAAGAGCAACUGAGAGUAGCACAAGAAAAACAAAGGGCUGCCGAAGAACUGAAAAGAAGAGCUGCACAAGAAGAGCAACAGAGGAAAACUACACAAGAAAAGCUACAGAGAGCUGCAGAAGAAGAGCUACAGAUGAGAGUAGCUCAAAGAGAGCAACAAAGGAGAGCAUUUCAGGAGAUUCAACAGAGGAAAGCAGCUUUGAUUGAGGAACAACGACAGAUUGAGGAGAAGAUACUUGCCAAUACUGAGGCAGACAAUAAAAGAAAACCAAGAGAAGGAGAUAAAGUUUUGCAUAUUUCAGAAGAGGAAAGGAUUGAACAGAUACAAAUGGAAGAGCAAAAGAGACAAAGGCAGAAAAAGGAAGAAUGGAUGAGAACUCAAACAGGGGAGGCAGAAAUGAGAGCUGUAGAAAGAGUAAACAUCAUAAAGGAAGAAAAGCAAGCCAACGAGAGACCUAAACUUCAUGAAAACAGCCAAGAAGCACUGAAAAAUGAGAUGAGAGUGGAAAAAGAAGGCAUGCUAGCUCAAAGAGAGAAUAACAUCAAGGCUAACAAGAGGGAAGAAGAAAAGGUAACAGCUGACAGUGAGAAGGUGAGAGAUAAUCGGAGAGAGGAAAAAAGAGUAGCACAGGUGGAUGCUCUCCAGUACUAUGCCAUUACUUCAACAGAAUCAGAGACAAAACAAAGAGAAAGGCAACUAUGCUCCCCUUCACCCUCCCAACAAAGAAACAAUCUAUCAGAAAAUGAGUCAACUGAGUCCCACGGGUCCCACACGAGAUCUUAUAGACCCCAUGCCCCUGCAUCUCCAGCUUCAUCUCUGCCCCGAUCCAACACUUCCUCACCUGCUCUAGGAGUCAAGCCCUUAAUGUUCAGAGUAAAGGACAACACCUUCAGAGGUUCCGCUUCCACCAAAUCGGUUAAGCCACGAUUCUAUAAGAGCUUUGGAGACGAUGUCCGGGUGGGUUCACCCAGUGACAGGGGAUUAGAGAAAAGAGAGGAAGGACAGGAGAAAAUAAGACACAGUGCUGGAACUCCUGUCCAGCAUCACACAGGUUUAAAUAGACUCACUGCUGUCAGUGAAUCUUCAACUUUCCAGUCAGCAUCUUCACCACAGGAUCACUCAGCCCCUAUCCCUCAUUAUAGGCCCUAUUCCAGGAGAAGCAUUGCUAUGGAGGAAGAUGACUCACGCUCUCUUAUCAGCAAUAUGUCUGAAGAUGUGGAAAGUUUUGCCACCAGUGCAGCAGACCUUGCAGACAUACGAGGUCUUUAUGACUACGAGAGACCAGAAUCAGCAUGUAGCUUCAGCAGUGAUGUGUCCCGUUCUUUGGGCAAGCCUCCAGCUGUUCCCCCAAAGAGCGAGAAAGCCCUACGGAGGGCUCAAAGACUAACUACCCGGAGAAUGAAGAAAGAGUUGUCCAAAGUUGGCGCAGACAGCCUUUCUGGAGUUGAGAAAGAUGUCUCCACUAUUCGUUCCUCUUCAUCCACUGAGGUACGAUCCUCUAAUCGCCAUGCUAUGGCUUCCCCUCAUUUUUCCUCACCUGUCUCCCUUGCUAAUGCUCCUGUGUCAGGGUCCAGCUUGCCUUCCACCCAUACAGAACACCACUCUUUCCACGCUUCCCCUCAUGCCACUGGUCCUAUUUCUAUCCCUCAUACUGCCGCCGUUUCCCUCCCUGGUGUGUCUCAUUAUGCUACUGGCCCUGCUUCCCAUACUGCUGCUCCUAAGACUGUUGCUCAUGUUCCCUCUUCUCCCACUUUCCACCAAGCCCACCACCCAGCUCCAGUGACACAGUAUCAUGUAGAGUCAAGCUAUCCCCAGGCCUACCCUCUGACCCAGCGCAAGGUGCUGCAAGACCCCGGUUCUGGUCAGUAUUUUGUAGUGGACCUGCCUGUUCAAGUGAAAAAGAAGACUUUCUUUGACCCACAGACAGGAAAGUAUAUCCAACUGAAUGUGCGCGAGUCUGGCAAGAGCAUCUCACAACCUCAACCCCAGCAAACAUGCCCACAGCCUGAGAUGCAGAUCAAGUCCCAGCAACAGCCCUUCUCCCAGACUUUUCCUGCUGGCAAACCCUUUGUGCUUUAUCAAGGGUCCCACGGUUAUCCCCAACACUACCAGCCUGCAAGUAUCAAUUCCCUGCAUCCCAACAAGUCGCAGGUUCCUGCAACUCUCCACCAGAACCAGCAGCCUGGACAUCAGGCUUUUGAACUGGGACAAAACUCUGAAGGGCAUCGCUACAGUCCAGAGAAGACCCCGUACAUGGACACGGUUAAUGACAAAGACAAAACAUAUAACACAAUUUACAGCACACAUGGCUCAUAUGAGUCGUUCCCAGAGUGUGACACAAACAGCCAGCUUGCAGGAAGCUCAGUUUGUGAAAAUGAUAACUCAGCCCACUCGCAAUAUAAUCCUCGUGAUAUAAUAGCUAUGAGUGAACUGGAGGACUUUAUGGAGGUGUCUGAUUGGUGAGAGUAAAAACUGAUAUUAAAUAUUUAAUAAAGUAAAGAGUGAAUGGAUCAUAAUAUACAUGAUUUUAAGUGGUUGCAAAUGACUUUUUCAAGUGAAAAUAGUCUCAGAAUGUUUUUGGUUUGUAGUUUUAAUAAGUCUCUAUAGCAAACUGUUAUAUUGUUUCUGCUUUUGGAGAUUCGCUGUUGAUUUACUUGUUUUACAGAGUUCACCAUUCCAUUUGACUUUGAAUGUGAGAAGCUAAGCUAUGCUUCUUGUGUAAACAGUGUCAUUAGCACUGCCUGUUCAACCUAACUGCAUUUUAUUAUAUAUCAUACGGUAUAUCAAAAGUUGUUUGGAAAAACUUUUGCUACUGACAAGCCUGCUUUACCUUUAAGCACAAAUUGGAGAUUUUGAGAUUCAGAAGCAUAGUUUUUUAAUUCAGCCAUGUAUGAAGUGAAAAAAUGGUGAUGUGGCUGUUGCUGUUUUUAAGAAUUAAUAUCAUACAGUAGUCUAUUUUUAUAGCUGAAUGUUUGUAAAAAUUGUUUGGUUGCUGUGAAACAGUAGCGUGAAAUGGGCUGAAUCAGAUAAUAAUCGAUUAAUAAUUUCUCAUCACGGUGUAUUUUAAACCUCUUUGUAAAAGUUAGAAAUAACCCAAAAGGAAAAGAUAAAAAGGUUCAUGCAAGAGGCUGAUUUUAUUUUACAACCAUAAUAUAAUGUAAUAUAAUGACAUCUUGUUCUGACUUCUGAAAUGUACCCUGGGCCUGAGUGAUUCAAAAUGAAGAGUCUUUUUAUGAUUGCAUAAGACAAUUACAAUGUGCUAUUGUAAUGUGCAGUAAUAUGUCCUGAGAGAUAAAGGAAAAUAACACUUUGUUGAUGGCAUUUAUUUUGUGUCCUUUUUACUGUAUGAAGCAAUCCAAAUGUUUAAAUCUUUUAAUAUUAUACCCAC